UGCGAUAUGCYCCUCGUGGAUUACUAGAAAGUGUUGWGUUUAUUGUCUAGAAAAGCAAUUUAUGGUCUCUAAAGGAUGGACUAAAGAACAAGAAAUGGUGUAGUUAAAAGCCAUUUGAUCGUUAAUAAUGGUAUAAGGAAGUCAUGAGCCAUCAACUAUGGCUGACAAGGAUAAGCCCCAGAGRGUUGCYGACUACUUUGUCGUAGCUGGUCUUGGGAARACAAGUCUGCCRUCUGAUGUUGACAGGCUUGGGGAUGGAGAGUCAACAUUUUUGGAACCAAUCACAGAUUUAGCAGUGAUAUUUAAGAGUCUUGGYGAGAAGGUUCCGUCUGGUUACACCAUCAUUGAWAAGUCACCUGCAGGACUGUCUGCUGAUCUCAACCAUGGCUCAAUAAGACAACCUUCUUGUUUCUUGUGUUAUAAAAGAGGAUUGGACAAACCUCCUUUGACAUACAUUGGAGUGUUGUAUGAUGGAAAGGAAAGACUUAUGUCUGGUUGUGAUCUCAUCACACAUACACCAUAYGGAAAGUCUGCUAAUGUUAAUAACAGUGGAGGUAGUAGGACAUUUAUUACCUAUCGCCGAGCCUCCCAACAGAUGGCCCAUACAUCACUAGCUGUAACAGAGAUAUGUGUGAUUGUAGCCAGUAAGGGAGAGAAACCACCUCAUGCAUUUUGUUUGAUUGAAAGAAAUCUGAACAAAGGAAUGGUUGGCAGUGAUGUGUUCUUGUGUUACAGAAAAUCUCUCUCAAGAUCAACAUCAAUCAUGUACCAACCCGAGAUACUGUGUCGUUUUCCUCCUGUGGACCACAWAGACUUUYCACUACCUGAUGGAGUUCCCAUGUUUUGUCUGCCAUUUGGUACAAUCAUUCAGUGUUGGCCAGAGAAAUGUCAACAUCCUCUACCAUCAUUUUCCACGUUUGUGUUGACAGGAGCCUCAGGRCAAAAGAUUUAUGGUGCAGCAGUAACUUUUUUUGAAAUUUUGCCGGAUAGGAAGGAAAAUGACACUGUCAAUCCUCACACCAAUAAAUGUAUUUGUAUUUUAUCUCACUGGCCGUUUUUUGAAGCUUUCAAGAAGUUUCUCUCGCAGCUUUACAGAAUAUCUGUGUCUGCUCAGCCAAUCCCAAUAGAAAAAUAUAUUGCUAAUUUAAUGUUAGAUGUCCCAUUCCCGUCACCGCAACGACCAAGAAUUUUAAUUGAGAUGACAAGAUAUGAUCCAUUUGAAAUCACACAACUUUAUCAUACUCCUUUACCAGUCAGUGGUGCUUCAUAUACAGCUAUGCUUCGAUAUCUUGGUCCAGACAAUGUUUUACUGYUAUUUUAUCUAGUCUUAACAGAACACAAGAUUUUGUUUCAUUCUUUAAGACCUGCUCUUCUUACUAGUGUUGCUGAAGCUUUAACUACGAUUCUGUUUCCAUUCAGCUGGCAAUGCCCUUACAUUCCUCUAUGUCCUGUUGCCUUGAAUGAAAUACUCUGUGCUCCUUGUCCUUUUAUUAUAGGUAUUGAUUCUCGAUACUUUGAUCAGUAUGACCCCCCUGAUGAUGUCACAUCAAUUGAUUUGGACACAAACAUGAUAUCUCUAGCCAGUGAAAUCAAGCCAGUAUCAUGGAAAUCACUGCCAAAGAAACCUGGUAAAAUACUGAAAGAUAGAUUGACGGAGUUGUWUUAUCAGAUGUAUCAACAAUACCACAAGGAAAAAGAAGCAUUUGGUACAGAUAUCACAGAAACAGCAAUAGAGUUGGCUCCUCUUGACCAUGAUAAUACCCACUCAAGACGAAGGCUUUCUUUAGAAGUUUCAAUCCAAGAGGCAUUCCUUAGGUUUAUGGCAACAAUACUGAAAGGAUACGGGAGCUAUUUGCUUCCAAUUACUUCUGCUCCAACUGAAGGGRCAUGUGAUAUGACAUCUCUAUUUGACAUUCAAGGUUUUCUAAAGAGUCGACCAAGUUCUCAUCAGAAGUUCUUCAACCUUCUAAUGCAUACACAGAUGUUCARUCGUUUUAUCGAGCAAAGAUCUUUUGUAACAGCACAGGACUCUCUCUUGGCUUUCUUUGAUAAAUGUACAGAAAAGCUUGAKUCUACAAAGCCUUUGAUAGAAGUUGAUGAGUCCUUUACCAAGGGAGGCCAGAGGACCUAUGUAGUCACUCCACCAGACAACCUUGUUAACAAAGGAAAGAUAUACACAUAUCCAACUUUUCCAACUGAACUCAACAUGGAUCUGAUAUUCAAGGGUCUUGUGUAAAAUGGAGAAGAAAGGUGUAAAGUUACAAGAUGAAGUUUGUUUUAGAGUUCUUAUGGAACUUUGUGGUCAGUUUGGAUAUCCAGCAUUGGCCGUCAAGGUUCUCUUUGAGAUGAAGAGACAAGGAAUCGAUCCCAAUGCUGUUACAUAUGGCUAUUACAAUAGGGCUGUAGUUGAGGGAAAAUGGCCAUCAAACACAACAAGCUCACACUUGUGGAACAAACUCAGAAAUGUUUUUGCUGCCGUCCACGCACUGUACUUUCUGUAAAACCAAGCAAGUUGCUUCCCUUAGUAUAAAAGUCAAGGACUAUCGCAAUUGUUUUUCAUCGCGACCCAAUUCUGACUUGGCUGCAAGUUUAAGUAGCUUGGGAAGCCCCGAAAUGUCUUCUGUUAAGAUGGCUGGGCUGCAAAACGAGGUAGUAGUUGAUGAAGACCAUGACAUCUUUGAGAGUCAAAGUCAAUCUGUUCCCACAACGAUAGAGGCUGGAUUCAUGAUGCCUAAGUAUAGCCCUCCUCGUUCCGUUACCUUCACUCCACCAUCGUCUAAUCCUGUCUCUAUUCGACGCGGCCAAAGACACAGUAUUAGUGCACCGUCUAGCGCUAACGCUAGUCCUACUGGAAGCUUUCAUGGAAGUCCUCGUCAACGUGGGAUGUUCCCUAGGGCUCGUAAUAGCAAUAGUACCUGCAGUCAUGGAAGUCAUUGGUUUGUAAGUCGAGCUCCAGAAGAAAGAGAYAACAUUACUGUGGCUUACAUUAGUCCUCUUGUGUUGCGCAAAGAAGUUGAAAACAUGCUUGAGAAUGAUGGAGAUCUAUCACUCCAAUCACCUGAUAUCGUACAUCAAAAAGAUAUCAUCUACUGGAACCUAGUUUGGAUCUUCAGGCGCUUAGAGCUACCAACACAUCUACCUGACCUUUUGUUAACAUCGUACCCUGGUGAUAAGAUUGAUAAACAAGAGGAACGACGCCCUAAGAACAGUAGCGAGGUAUUGRUAUCGACAAGUUGGGACGCAGAUCGUCAAGAACUUGAUUCAAUUCCUAUGUAUGUGUUAUGGAACUCUCCAGUUGACCAACAGGAAAACGCCUUCACUCCUCGCAGUGUUAUGAAGACCGUCAUAACGCAUGUACAAGCAAAUGACGUAUUCAACCCAAUCAAGAUGCUUCUUGAUGAGCGAAUCAGACAAAGAAAACUUAACCCGCAAAUACGAUGGAGUGUCUAUCGAGAAUUAAUGUUCCUGUCUUUGACAGCCUGUGGAUCUGAUCGCAUUGAUGUUGAGGCAUACGAUCGUGAAUACCGACGAGCCUACAAGCGUCUAAAGGAAUCCAAAGACUACAAUGAUAAACUGAUCCUUGAAGAUCGUUCACCGACCGCAAAGAUCGUGUACUGUCGUCGUUUGUUCAGUCAUCCCACAUUGCAGCCCAAACUACCACAGUAUGUAAAUAMCACACCGUUAAUAUAAAUCACCCAGAUCUCCCGCACUCUCUGAUUAUGCUGUGGACUGGUGCAGAGGUGUACGAAUGCCGUGAUGAUCRCGGUAGACUGGGUAUGAAAUACUGGUUGCGGCCACGUGAUAAUCCUUACUAUGGUAAUUAGWUGGUAUUGACCUCUAAUUAACCCAUAGAAACAACGGUGACGUGUCAGGCMGCUAUGCGUCACGUGACCGAUUAAUGGAUGAGUGGGAUUGGUGCCCACCGUAUUCUGUUACCAGUUCCAGUUUCCUGGAAACCAGGUUCUCUGGUAUAAGGACAUACAAGCUUCUGGAUCAAAGAAGCAUGAAUUUCAAGAAUUAGAGAUGCAAUCAUUGUGAUCCUCGMAGUUGUAUUMAUUUCAUUURCUUGGUUGCAUAAAGUUGGGCCUGUUUCUUUUGUAUGUAUCUGUACGAGUUUAUAGUUUUAGCUCAAAURCAACAAUUCUAAUUCCUAGCAACUUAUAACUYAGUCUUAGCACAAUUUUUAGRAUUUAUACUUUUGUUGCCAUUAUUAUCAGUAUAUAGAAACAGUCAUUCACUAUUUAAAUGCUUUGCAGUGAUUGUAUAUAUUAUAGUUUCUAGUAUGGAGUCCUGAAGUCUAUUCAGACGUCGAAUUCAACCAUGACUUGCCCUURCAGGCAUUUUGAGUCUCCAAGCAAAUUUUGCCAUUACCUUUUAACCAGUAAACAUCCUGUAAACUUAAUGUGCUGAGUUCGAUACUCAUAAAAUUCGACGUCURAAAAGGUUUUCAAAGGAACAUUAGCCCCAUAAUGAAUUAAAAGUGCCGUGUCCAUGCAUGGUUUCAGUCCKAUGGUAACAGACUACUAGAUUUACUGGAAUAUCUUGUUCAAGCCGGUUAAACACGUUUUAAUGAUAUUUAGCCUGACAUUGAUCAGUUUGAUUGUACAGUACUGAUAUUAAUAUCCAAAAACAAGAUUAUUUAAACUGA